GAGAAGGAGCCGUGGAUUCGAUUGGUCGGCUGAUGAGGGAGUCUUGCCAGUUACUCUCCGUCCUUUCUAGAACCGCUCUGCAGCUCAUCGUAUGAGCGCGAAGGAGGGAAGCCGCGCGGGCUCCUCGCAGACAAACGCAGCCUUACGGACAGUCCUCGGCUUUGUUGUUCCGCCCCCGCGCUGGCUCUUCUUGCUCUUCCUCCAUGAAGCAGGAGAGGCUGUCCGCCUGUAAGAGGUCCAGGGCGUGCGCGAGGCGCCAGAGCUCGGGGGGCGUCGGCAGCAUCAUCAGCAAUGUCCUCAGGAAGCGGAGCUGCAUCUCCCGGAGCGCGCCUCGGCUGCUGUGCACGCUGGAGCCAGGUGUGGACACAAGGUUGAAGUUCACCCUUGAGCCCUCCCUGGGUAAAAAUGGAUUCCAGCAGUGGUAUGAUGCCCUCAAGGCAGUGGCACGACUGCCCACUGGAAUCCCCAAGGAGUGGAGGAAAAGGGUGUGGCUGACCUUGGCUGAUCAGUACCUCCACAGCAUCUCUAUUGACUGGGAGAAGACACUGAGGUUUGCCUUCAAUGAUCGCAGCAACCCAGAUGACGACUCGCUAGGCAUCCAAAUUGUCAAGGACCUUCACAGGACAGGGUGCAGUUCCUACUGUGGCCAGGAGGGGGAGAUGGACAGAGUAGUGCUCAAACGAGUGCUGCUGGCAUAUGCGCGUUGGAACAAGGCCGUGGGCUACUGCCAGGGUUUCAACGUACUGGCUGCCCUUAUUUUGAAAGUCACUGAAGGAAAUGAGGGGGAUGCACUGAAGGUGAUGAUCUACCUAAUUGACAAGGUGCUUCCUGACAGCUACUUUGCAAACAACCUGCGCGCGCUGUCCGUGGACAUGGCCGUCUUCAGAGACCUGCUGCGGUUCAAACUGCCGGAGUUGUCUCAACACCUGCACUACCUCCAAAGGGCAGCCAAUCGUGAGGGGGGUGGGAGCUACGAGCCUCCGCUUACCAACGUCUUCACUAUGCAGUGGUUUCUGACCUUGUUUGCCACUUGCCUGCCCCAUCACACCGUGCUCAAGAUCUGGGACUCUGUAUUCUUUGAAGGUUCUGAGGUCCUUCUGAGGGUGGCCCUGGCCAUCUGGGCCAAGCUGGCUGACCGCAUUGAGUACUGCCAGAGUGCAGAUGAGUUCUAUAGCACCAUGGGCUACCUGACCCAGGAGAUGCUGGAGCAUGAGCUGAUUGACUCCAAUGAGCUCAUGCAGACAGUAUACUCGAUGGCUGCCUUCCCUUUUCCACAACUGGCAGAGCUGCGUGAGAAGUACACCUACAACAUCACCCCUUUUCCUGCCCACGUCAAGGCCAGCAGCAGCCAGGGGGUCCAUGGACAAGACAGCGAUGAGGAGGCAGACAUGGAUGAUGAGGACACGCUGGCCAGUGCCCUGGGCUGCCUUGGGCCAAUUGGGGGUCUGCUGGCCCCCGAGCUGCAGAGGUACCAGAAACACCUUAAAGACCAGCGUGGGGAGCAGAGCCAACCAAGCAGUAACAUAGCCGAGCUGAGUCCUGGCGCUGUGGGUACGGGCCGGGCCGAGCACCAGGCCGCCAUCAACAGUAUGAUGAUGGAGCGAAUGAGCACGGACAUCAGCGCCCUGAAGAAGCAGUACUCCCGCAUUAAGAUGAGGCAGCAGCAGCAAGCCGGCCUGGUCUUCGUCCGUGCAGGUAAAUGUCCGGUCAGCAGCCUCCUGGCCUCCCAGGUCCACCCGUCCCCUGUGGUCAACCACCUUCUUCUGGGGAAGAGACUGAAAGGAGCGAGGGGUUCCAGGAAUGGCUUGAUCCCAGGCCCCCUCCCUCAGGCACAGUCCAGUCCCAGCCGGGAUGGUAGUCCUAGGGGCCGGAUGAACUCGCCGUGGCGCGCCCAUGUCCGGACGCACCGGCAGAACUUGGCCCGCGCCCAGCUGGGCUUCAGGAAUACAGUCGAGUUGGUGGAUGACGAUGAGCUGACCGAGGAAACGCAGGCAGAAAGUACAGCGACGGAGCAGGACCCAGAGGACAAAGUCACUACCCUGGAGCUGGUAGACAGCGACCCCCAAAUUGUACCCGAGGAGGGGCUGGAGCAGGUGGAGCAGCAACUGGCCUCCCUGGAUUUGCAGCACAGCUCUGAGCCACAGUCUCCAGCCACAGCGGAACCAACCCAGGACCCUGAGCCUCCGGUCCCUACCCUGCCACCGCCACCACCACCCCAGCCCUCACGUCGCAAAGAGUCGGACUCCUCCAGUUCAGAGAGCGGCGGCUCCCUUCAACGAAGCCCCUCCAGCCUGACAGUACCUCCCAAGGGCCGACAGACGGCCUUCUCCCCUUUCCCCAGCGUGAAGCCCCUCCGCAAAUCUGCUGCUGCCAGGAACUUGGGACUGUAUGGUCCAACGGAGCGAACCCCCACCGUUCACUUCCCGCAGAUGAGCAAAACUGUGAAUCGCGUGGCUGGCAGUACUGUCAGCACCACUAGAAGGCGAUGAUGAGGGAGACACUUCAGGAUGGCUUUUCCUUUCCCUUGCUGCAUGAUCUAGCACAAAUCCCCAAGGAAAUGCUACAUGGCAGCACCUGAGAUGGAGGUACUCAAGAGUGGGUCUGGGCAGGUUUCCACUUGCACUUGAUGAGAGCACUGUGUGGGAAAGGUGUAACUUGGCACUUCAGAAUCCACACGUCUUUUGGCUAAUUCUUGUUUUCAUCACUUGUUAAUCUCUUUGUCUUUAAAUCCCAGACUGGGUGAAGAUAUGUAUACUCACCUGUGUCAGUGGACCAUUGUUUUGGUGGGGAGGUCAGAGUUCUGCGUGAUGUAAAUGUCAGUCAUUCUGGUAGUGUAUUGAAGUUCCCCUUAAAUGCCAUCAUGGUGUGUGUCCCCCCAUGCUCCCAAUAUGUAACCUCAUAGAAAAGCACAAUGUAUUCAAGAGGCGAUGUUUGGCACUUCUCGAGCAUGUGAAUUUACUCCUGCCUUGAAUUUGAUACCUACAGUAAUGUAAACAAGAAAAACAAUGUGUGCCUUAGAUCCCUCCAGCGUAACUGGACAUUUAUGAUGGACACGAAAUCUGCAGUUUUGCUUUCCAGUAGGACUUUUGUUCAUUUCCACAGAGCACACUGAAGGUUUUCGCUCUGCCUCCUGCAUUCAGUGUGCCAUCACAUUGUCAUCAGGAAGCCAACUCCAUUUCAUUGUCCGCACCAAGCUGUGACUGUACUUGGAGAAAUGAAGUGCUCGUUCUGAGGUACUGUAGCAGGAGAGACAACCACCAUCAGCUGUCACACUAUUUCACGUAUUGGAAAGGUUGCACUCGUGUGAAUUGUUUCAUACAUUACUCCUUGUAUAUGUUGAACAGUGCAGGUCCACCUUGUGUGACGGUAUAAUAAAUCCUUUUCCCAGCAGCCACUGCUGGCACCACAGUUCUACUGCGACUGUUGACUAACUGAAGCAAACGCACCCUACGCCAUGUGAGGUGCAAUUUGUUGGCCCUCCGACUAAACUGCAACUAAUUAAAACAUGAAGGAAUUGCACUCAUUUUCUUCACGUGUGUGACUUCUUGAAUUUAUGGAAGCUCAUUGUUAAUGUAGUCUUCAAUCGCCGUUUUUCUUCAGAAUACGACAGAGUCCUGCAUGUAUAUACUGAUGAGAAAUGGUCCCCU